CACACACUAGUGCGUUUUACCUUGUUAUGCUCUKUAGUUGACUCAGUUAAGUUUGAUCAAGAGAUCUAACAAAAUGAGAAAGUGUGUAGUGCUAUCUAUUUUCCUGGUAUCAAUAUACAUUUGCCCAUCACCGGCCACAUCAAUCAAAAACUGCUCUAAUUGGGCUGAAGGUGAACUUGCCAAGACYAUUCACAGAACGUGUGUCACGCAACCACCGGAAGUUCAGCUCACAACCCUAAAAAAUGGAACUCUUCUAAUGCUGCUAAAGGUAAAAAAGAUGGUUACAAUCUGGCCACCACAACCUCAAAGAUCUCCUUACGGUGUUGCACCGGUGCCAUUUUUCAAUACCAAGACCAAGAGAACCGUUAAAAGAGAAGUCUCCCCAGUCUUCCACCUCUGYCACGAGUACACMGGAAGUGUGUAUAUCCUUGUUGAUGAUGCUGAUAAUCUGGUCUAUCGMGUGAAGACGAUAAAGUGCAGUUCCGAGGAGUGCUCUAUUCUAUCGAAUAAAGUUAGAAUAGGAGAUUGCGUGACUCAAAAGAAAACAAUAGAGCUACUGGUAUCUAAUGGUUGYCAUGGCCUUAAGCCAARAACGAUCGAAGUUGGAUGCAACUGUGAGUGUAUGAAAAGUUAUAAAUUCUUAUGAAUUAAAAAACUGGUUAAACGGAUUAAUGAACUGGUCAAACAGGAUAAACCAGUCCAACGGGAUAAACCGGUCAAACGGGUUWAAACCGGUCAAAUGGGAUAAACYGGUCAAACAGGAUAAAACAGUCUAAGUA